UGGCUGGCUGGAACACCACCCCCUUCCUUCUCCUUCUGAGGACAUCCCAUUCCAGGACCCAUCAUACGUCCCCCAGCAUGGAGCCCACCAAAGUCCAGUCAGAGGGUGGUCUCAAUGUCACCCUCACCAUCCGCCUCCUCAUGCAUGGAAAAGAGGUGGGAAGUAUAAUAGGAAAGAAAGGAGAGACAGUGAAAAAGAUGCGAGAGGAGAGUGGCGCACGGAUCAAUAUUUCUGAGGGCAACUGUCCAGAGAGGAUUGUCACCAUCACUGGACCCACAGACACCAUCUUCAAGGCUUUUGCUAUGAUUGCCUACAAAUUUGAGGAGGACAUAAUCAAUUCCAUGAGCAACAGCCCAGCAACCAGCAAGCCCCCCGUCACCUUAAGGCUUGUUGUGCCAGCCAGCCAGUGUGGCUCCCUCAUAGGAAAAGGAGGCUCUAAAAUAAAAGAAAUGAGAGAGUCCACAGGGGCCCAGGUUCAGGUGGCAGGGGACAUGCUGCCCAACUCCACAGAACGUGCAGUGACAAUCUCCGGGACCCCAGAAGCCAUCAUCCAGUGUGUCAAACAAAUCUGUGUGGUUAUGCUGGAGUCCCCACCAAAAGGUGCCACCAUCCCGUAUCGCCCAAAGCCGGCCUCCACCCCAGUGAUUUUUUCUGGUGGUCAGGCCUACACAAUUCAGGGACAGUACGCCAUACCACACCCAGAUCAGUUGACCAAGCUCCACCAGUUGGCUAUGCAGCAAACCCCCUUUACCCCUCUUGGACAGACCACCCCUGCUUUCCCUGGUUUGGAUGCCAGUCCACCGGCCAGCACCCAUGAACUCACCAUUCCUAAUGAUCUAAUAGGCUGCAUUAUUGGACGCCAGGGAACCAAAAUAAAUGAGAUUCGACAGAUGUCUGGGGCGCAGAUCAAAAUUGCAAACGCCAUGGAGGGCUCGUCUGAGCGCCAGAUCACCAUCACGGGGACCCCUGCUAACAUCAGCCUGGCUCAGUAUCUCAUCAAUGCAAGGCUGACGUCUGAAGUCACUGGAAUGGGCACACUCUAAUUUCUACCCACCCCCCCACCCCCCAGUGCAUCACAUGACCCCUGAGCUUAUGGCACUGUGCCUGGUUUCUUUACUUCUCCCCGUAUUUGACGGUCCCGAUAUUUAAGUGACUUUAAAAUCGGAUCAUUUCCAGUAUUUAACUGUAAAGACGUGUAUCUGCACUGUUACACCUGCUGUAUCUGAAACACUGUUGUCUCUGUUUCUGAAAGGUCACUUUGAUUUUUUUUGAUUCACAACGCACCGCUUUGUUUCACCUCAUGUUUUAACAUCACAUCACGUUUUUUCUCUGCCCUGUAGGCACCUGAGAGUAUAUGCAAAUAUUGGUAUAACAUUUGAAACCAAGGUUUUCCCUCCUACAUCACAUUCUGACACGUUUUUUAGACCAUUACAGAGAACAUUAUUCAACACAAAUGGUCAACGAGCCACUAUUAACCAGAUAUUUUGUAUAUUUUAUUUGGCACUGAGUGAUGAAGUGGGUGUUUUACUGUGUGCCUGUAGACAUUUGCCUGUUUGACUCAGUGCUGUAUGUGCACCGUAGAUUGAUCUGCAUGAUGUAUUUCACCUUCAUUUUAGAAUUAAAUGUGUAGAAACGGAGAGUGAGGGGUGAAAGGUUUAUGGAACAAGCCAUGAACAGUCUGUAUAUGACCUGGACUGGUCACUCUGUCUUCAGUUUGAUAUUACCAUACCUCCUGGGUGCAGGCCAGUAAACAUCCACUCUAAUGCACAAUGUCUUUCCGAGUUUCAUGUGAAACCUGACAAAGAUUAGAUGAAAAAAGCGAAAAUGAGGAAACGAAUGCAGCGAAGAUUGAAAUUCAAUUGCAUGUUAGUGAUUUGCUGCAUUUUUAUUCACCUGUAUUCCAGAAACAUGCACUCGUUCGUUUCUUAUUUGUCUCAUAGCAACUAUCAGAUGCACGGGCCAUUUGGCAUAAUCUGGGAAUCAUCCAUAGCAUAUAUUUGCACUCACAUUUAGUGAGUCAGGUUCCCAGUGUGCGUCUAGAGGGCGGACAAGCUCCUGGGUAAAACUCUCAUUAGUCAAUCACAUCUAUUUUUCAGCUACUUCCUCAAAUUGGCUCAUUACAUUUUGGAAGUCAACAAAUGACUGCAGGUACUGAAGAUGUUGUGUGUCUCUGUUUGGCAUGUAUAAAACAUAUCUGCACUCAUUUAACUUGAAUCAACUAUUGGCUUUGCAGGUAUUCUCUACAUAUAUAGUUCUAUAUAUAUUUUCAUUUCAGCGCGUGAGCUGCUCCUCUAGAGAGUCGAGGUCUCACUUAUUUUAUUAUCAAAUAUGUCUCAAACGUAAGCAUCUCUAUCCUGUCAUGGUCAGAUGCAAACUCAAGAUCCAGUCGAUCAAUCUAAAGCUGAAUGUAUUUUAAAAUGAAUUUUAUCCACCAAUAUUUACACACUGGAUUAAAAACACUUUAAUCAGGUUAUAUCGAUUAUAAUACUGGUGAUUAUUUUAUCAAAAUGUUCUGGAUGUCAUGAGGUUGGGCAGCUUACUCAAACUGGGCUCUGUUAUAGCCAACUUAUUUAAUAUUGUAUUAAUAUUUUCAGUACACUAGAUACAUACCGUGUUAUGUAACCUGAUUAUUUUUGGGUAUGUUCAAUAUAAAGCAGAAACUAACAGCAAGAGAUUCUUGUAUUUUCAGCAACAUGCAUUAGCUGUUAUUUCACAAAGCAGGCUAUAAGAUCAAAUAGAAAUACAGUAUAUCUUCACGAACACUUCACAGUAAAACAUGACACCCCCAACAAGUUGUGUGACACGGCUGGGAUUUACUGAAUGCAGGUAACAGAUAUUUGUACUCCACAUUACCUUAACACACUUGUGCAUUUUACUCCCACAGCCGGGCUAGUCAUAACUCCAGUUCUAAUUAUAGAAACAACAUCUGGGCGUCACGUUUGUGUCAUUGUGGUUUACGCUCAGACACUUGGCUUGUGAUUAGGUUUGAUUACACAUAAUGACUCUGUAAUGAGUCGCUGUUAAAACAAGGCUGCUUUACAGUGAAACACUUACACAUUGCUCCACGUAUACAUUUACAUUACACACGUACAAGUAGAUAAAUGAGCCACAUCUGGCUGCAUCCAGAUGUGCUUCAGUUGAACAAACUGAGGAAUGGCUGAUUGGGGGUUCAAAGAUUUUUAAUAAUAGGAAAAACUUCUGAUCAUUACAGUAGUUUGAUGUCUCCUGUAAAGCUGCAGGUUUAAGGCGUCGGCCAGUUAAGGGAUGGCGCAUUUGCAAACAUCUCAGUUGCCUUUUUUUUAUUUGUCAUACUUCCAUCCUUCACAUUCAUCAUCAUUCAUUUCAUCAACCUCUCCAGCACGUCUUGUGUUGCUUCUGUAAUUUUCAGUGGUACAUUAACAUUUUUUGUUUCUGUAUUUUAGAGCAGCAAGUAUUUAAAGUUAGCACCGAGGUGAUAUAAAUAAUGCUGUUUGAAGAAAUGUGUCAGAUCAUGUUUGUGCUUGAUCAUUUGCUUCAUGGAGAUCUGUAUUGGAUUUAUUAUUUAUUGAGGUUGACUCUAAAAUGUUUUGUAAAAAGAAGAGAAUAAAGUUUGUGUUUUUUUUCCCUUGACUUGGACAUCUUUGUCAUCCUCUUGAAGUUUUGUCGUCUUGUUUAUUGUGCUCGAGAGAGACGCGUCUUCAUUAUUACAGAAACUACAAUAUCAUGAAAAUGUAUUUGGCUAAAGUUAUUCAUCA